GUGAAACUGGAUGGAGCAAGUGUGACUGAGUGACCGCCCCUCUCUCUCUCUCUAUCUUCCCAAAAUAAAAAAACGCGCAGUGGACACGUCUCUGGUUUCUUCUACUGCAAACCUUCUUCUUUAUCAUAAUCUAUCUUCUGCUAACUCUGUCUUGUUGUGGGAGAACCCAUCUCCUCCUCCCUUUUUUAUCUUCCCAAGCUCCCAUUUAUCGAGCUCCAACCCUGGGAAAGAUUCAAUCUUUUUCCUUUUCUUUUUUUUCUUUUUCUGGUGGGGGGUAAAUUUCAAAUCUUUAUACAAUGGAAAGGUACGAAAUAGUGAAGGAUUUGGGGUCUGGUAAUUUCGGGGUUGCCAAGCUCGUGAGGGACAAGAGGUCCAAAGAACUCUUUGCCGUUAAAUUCAUUGAAAGGGGCCAUACGAUUGAUGCACUGGUAGAAAGGGAAAUCAUGAAUCACAGGUCAUUGAAGCAUCCUAACAUUAUCACAUUCAAGGAGGUGCUGUUGACACCUACUCAUCUAGCAAUCGUUAUGGAGUACGCUGCCGGGGGAGAACUCUUUGAAAGGAUUUGCAGCGUUGGAAGGUUUAAUGAAGACGAGGCAAGGUUUUUCUUUCAACAACUCAUAUCAGGUGUCUCCUACUGCCAUUCGAUGCAAAUCUGCCAUAGAGAUCUAAAAUUAGAAAACACGUUACUAGAUGGAAGCGUAGCCCCACGCGUCAAAAUUUGUGAUUUCGGCUACUCUAAGUCAGAUGUGUUCCAUUCUCAACCCAAAUCAACUGUGGGAACUCCAGCUUAUGUUGCACCUGAGGUGCUGUCAAGGAAAGAAUAUGAUGGGAAGCUUGCAGAUAUUUGGUCUUGUGGUGUCACUUUAUAUGUGAUGUUGAUUGGCACAUAUCCUUUUGAAGAUCCAACUGAUCCAAAAAACUUCAGAAAGACUAUUGCUAAAAUACUCGGCGCCCAGUAUUCAAUCCCCAACAACAUCCAUAUUUCUGUUGAAUGCCGGCAUCUUCUAUCAAGAAUCUUUGUGGCAAACCCUGGAGAGAGAAUAACGAUUCCUGAAAUAAGAACACACCCAUGGUAUGUGAGGAACUUGCCAGUAGAACUAAUGGAGGGAGGGAGCUACCAGAGCAUGGAUGUCAACAUUCCUGCGCAAAGCAUGGAGGAGAUAUCGGCGAUCAUUGAGGAGGCAAGAAAUGUGGGGAGCCAGCAGUUGGGGAGAGGGCGAACGUGUUCCUAUGGUGGGGGGAGUAUGGAAUUUCUUGAUGAUUUUGAUGACGACGCCGAUAACUCUGAUGAUGUUGACACCAGUUGUGAUUUUGUGACUCACCUCUGACUUGAGCAAUGCCAGACCUACACACACCCACACAAACAAUACACCAAGACGUUGUACAAGUGUUGUAACACACCAAGUGUUGUAACUUUUGGCCUCCUAUGUAUAUAUGGAUAAAGCCUUCAAGAUCAUGAACUGUUCAACAGUCUUGUGGUUGUGGGGAAAUGUUAGCUGCAUGUGAUAGUGAUUUUGCCUUAAGGGCUGAGGCUAAUUGCCCCCUAAAGUUGGAUCUUAAUUGCCCUGAUUUCCCCUCAAGGAGCCUUUCUUUUACCCACCCGGUUGAAUAAGAUUAUGAGUCUUUU